AUGUCAGCUGCUACCUUGGACCUCACAGCGCCGAAUGGCACGAAGAUUUCCCUGCCUACAGGGCUCUUCAUUAACAAUGAGUUUGUGAAGGCUAGCUCAGGAUCCAAGAUCACUGCCAUCAACCCAAGUGAUGAAUCUGAGAUCGCUGCAGUUGAAGCCGCAUCACCUGAAGAUGUUGACAAGGCUGUAAAAGCAGCACGGGCAGCACUCAAUGCCCCAGGCUGGGGUGACAUCUCUGCUACGGAUCGGGGCAGAUUGAUGUUCAAGCUCGCCGACCUCGUCGAGGCAAACCAAGAGACUUUGGCCACCCUUGAGACGUGGAACGGCGGUAAGCCGUAUGGCGUGGCCCUCGGAGAAGACGUUGCGGAAACAAUCUCAACGUUGCGCUACUAUGCUGGCUGGGCAGACAAGAUUCACGGCGAGACCAUUCCAACGACACCUCAGAAGUUUGCGUAUACAAUUAAGCAGCCGAUUGGAGUUUGUGGACAGAUCAUUCCGUGGAACUAUCCAAUCAUGAUGGCAGCAUGGAAGCUCGGUCCGGCACUGGCGUGUGGCAACACUGUGGUUCUGAAACCUGCUGAACAAACACCACUAUCUGUUCUGUACUUUGCGACUCUGAUCAAAGAAGCUGGAUUUCCGCCAGGCGUUGUCAAUAUUGUCAACGGACUUGGCAGGGAGGCCGGCAACGCCCUGGUUUCUCAUACUGAUGUUGAUAAAAUUGCUUUCACUGGCUCCACAGCAACCGGAAGACAGAUUAUGAAGUCUGCGAGCGUCAACCUGAAAAACAUUACGCUAGAGACCGGCGGAAAGUCACCUCUUGUGGUCUUCAGCGAUGCCGAUCUCGACCAAGCAGCAAAAUGGGGCCAUGUUGGCAUCAUGAGCAACCAAGGCCAGAUCUGCACGUCCACAUCCAGAAUCCUGGUUCAUGAAGAUGUCUACCAGGACUAUGUUGCACGGUUCAAGGCGAUAUGUCUUGAGAAUAAGGUCGGCAAUCCCUUCGACGACGACACAUUUCAGGGCCCUCAGAUCACGAAGGUCCAAUAUGAAAAGAUUCUCGGCUACAUUCAGGCCGGCAAGGAUGAAGGUGCCAAGCUUGUGACUGGUGGAGUUCCAUUCAAGAACGUCGGAGAUGGCAAAGGAUUCUUCAUCGAGCCAACAGUCUUCUCCGACGUGAAGAAAGACAUGAGAAUCUUCCAAGAAGAGGUGUUCGGUCCUUUUGUCGCCAUAACACCUUUUAAGACGGAGGAAGAGGCAGUUUCUUUGGCCAACAACACGUCAUACGGACUCGGCGCUGCGUUGUUCUCACGCGAUAUCGAGCGGUGCCAUCGCGUAGCCGCCCGCCUCGAAUCUGGAAUGGUCUGGAUCAACAGUUCGAAUGACUCUGACAUUCGUGUUCCAUUCGGUGGCGUCAAGCAAAGUGGCAUUGGCCGCGAACUGGGAGAAGCUGGCCUCGCUGCUUACUCACAGACAAAGGCAGUGCACGUCAACAUGGGAUUCAAACUGUGA